AUGAAGAUGGCUCAGGGUUUGCCCUUUCGGUUGUCAUCAUUUAUACCUGUGAGGUGUCCACAACCACCUGCACCUGCUCCAUCCCCACCACCUGUACCUGCUCCACAACCACCACCUGCACCUGCUCCAUCCCCACCACCUGUACCUGCUCCACAACCACCACCUGCACCUGCUCCACCACCACCUCCUGCACCUGCUCCACCACCACCUCCUGCACCUGCUCCACCAUCACCACCUGUACCUGCUCCACCACCACCACCUGCACCUGCUCCAUCCCCACUUCACCGACCCAAGACUCCUGCUCCACCAAAACCUUCUGCACUGCGGGAAGAGACAGUCAGAGUACAAGGCCCGUACACACCGGCGCGGGAACGGGAGCGGGAGCGUUAA